GCGCGCUUCACUCGACUCUCGCGUUAGCCUUUGAGUGCCAGAGUUUUUCUUUCGUUUUCUUCUUCUUCUUCUUCUUCUUCAGUUAUGUUGCACAAGUUUCUUCUGGUGAAGUUAUGAUAAACGAUUGGAAGAUUGCAAGCGGAGAAAGUGAUUUUUUACGCUUACGUGAAUCAUACACCAGUUGUUCGUUGAAAGUCCUAGAAGAAAGACGCGUUGCUUGUUUCAGACCAAGAAGGGUAGGCUUUUACUUGCAAAAGUAUGCAUACCAACAAAUCUAAGAAUUUUUUAUGUUCUAUGUACUCCGCAGUUUUGCAUAAUCAAGUGCCACUCGAGCUGCAAGAGAUGUGCAAAGUUAUUUCCACAUCUAUUGGUAGUUUAGACGAUUUGGAAUCUAGUCUAGAUGGAUUUAGAGUUUCUUUGACAUCACCUCUUGUUACUCAAAUCAUGGAUUCUUGCAAACACGAGGCUCCAACUAGAAGACUGUUAAGAUUUUUUCUGUGGUCGAAUAAAAGACUGGUUUCUGAAAUGAAAAAUGAAGAUUUUAAUCAUGCAAUUCGAGUUUUGGCAGAGAAGAAGGAUCAUACAGCAAUGCAAAUUUUAAUUUCAGAUUUAAGGAAGGAGGGUCGUGUGAUGGAGGCACAAACUUUUGGUCUUAUAGCUGAGACAUUGGUUAAACUAGGUAGAGAAGAUGAGGCAUUGGGUAUAUACAAGAACUUGGACAAGUUCAAGUGCCCUCGAGAUAGUAAAACUGUCACUGCCAUUGUCAGUGCUCUUUGUGCCAAAGGUCAUGCUAAGAAAGCAUAUGGGGUGUUUUGGCAUCACAAGGAUUUGUUAUCAGAGGUCAAGCCUUGCAUUUAUAGAAGUCUUUUAUAUGGGUGGUCAAUGCUGGAGAAUGUGAAGGAAGCACGAAAGAUUAUCAAAGAGAUGAAGGGGGAUGGGAUAAUGCCGGAUCUGUUUUGUUUUAAUACAUUUCUCAAGUGCCUUUGUGAGAGAAAUCUCAAACGCAAUCCAUCAGGACUUGUGCCUGAAGCUUUGAAUGUGAUGAUGGAAAUGAGAUCUUACAGGAUAGAGCCAAACUCAAUUAGUUAUAAUAUUUUGCUUUCUUGUCUUGGAAGGGCAAGAAGAGUCCAGGAAUCUUGUAGGAUGCUUGAGCUAAUGAAAAAAUCAAAUUGUGCUCCUGACUGGGUUAGCUAUUAUCUUGUUGUAAAAAUAUUGUAUUUGACUGGGAGAUUUGGUAAAGGGAUUAAGAUAGUGGAUGAGAUGAUUGUAGCGGGCUUGGUCCCGGAUCAUAAAUUUUACUAUGACUUAAUUGGUGUUCUUUGUGGAGUUGAGAGGGUGAAUUUUGCUCUCGAGUUGUUUGAGAGAAUGAAAAGAAGCACAAUAGGUGGUUAUGGGCCAGUAUAUGAUGUGCUAAUACCUAAACUUUGUACAGAGGGGAACUUCGAGAAGGGUAAAGAGCUAUGGGAUGAGGCCAUGGCCAUGGAUGUCACUCUUUGCUGCUCAAUUGAUGUGCUGGAUCCCUCAAUCACCAAGAUUUUCAAGCCAACAAGGAAGGUGGAGGAAGAGGUCAGGCUUCAGAAUUGCAUCACAGCCAACAUUCCUAAGACUCAAGCACAAGUUAGCAAGACUAGGAGAAACGUAAACAAGAAAAUGGAAAGUAAGAAGAGACAGAAGAAAUCUGCUUCAAGAUAACUGGUAACUUAUAAUGCUUUAUUCCAGCUGCGACACUUUAUCCAUGUUCUUAACUUCGGUCAUUAAAAGAGUAAAUUAUUUCCUGCAUCAUUUUUCAGACUAAUUUCAUAAUACAUGUAAACACACGUGUCAAGCAAUCUGUCAAAUUUUAGACGAGGUUAGCUCAUAUUGUCCCUAUUAAUUCACUUAACUGGUUUAUUUCUUGAUAUGCCCAGUUGGCAAUUCCACUGAUGUGUCUCAGAAUUAUAAAAUUUAGCAUGUCCCCUAUUUGCAACAGUAUUUAAUGUUUAUCCAAAAGGAUUACUGCCUGAAGCCAAAUAGGUAUGAGUGGCUGAAGAUUUUCUUUUAGGACCUACUUUUGAGGGGUCCAUUUUGCUCUAUGAUUUGCUAGAGCUGAUUGGGCUACUCAGAUUUACUGUUGCACUAGGCCACUGCUUUUCCUUGUAGUUGGAGAAAACAAUUUCUUAUGUUGGAGAAGUUGCGUACUUGUGUUGCCUAAAUGGGGAGAAGCGUUUAUUGCAAUGUCUGGCUCUGAUAAUCGUCACUAUUGAUUCCAAAUUCACAAUUCAGUUCUGUGCUUGCCAUUGGCCUCUGCCUUUCUCUCUCUCUCUCUCCUUUGUAACUGCUUCAGACUUCACAAAUUGUAACUUUUAUAGACUAAAAUCAUGUUUGCAAUAGCUGGCGAAACAAGACGGAACGCAUAGAUACAAAAGCCAACAAUGGAUAAAGAAUGCUAUAACUUUUGUCUGACAACAAAAAGAGAAGGUGCAGUGAUAUUUAAGUUCAGCAAUCAAAAAUUACUUGGAACCAUUAGGAUUUCUAAAUGAGGAAUAACCGUAUAGAGAUUAAUGGAAUUGAAUAAAUUUCUGAUAUAGCUAGGCUAACCAGUAGCCAUUUGGCCUCACCUCUGCUGCAUUGCCCUUGUGUCUCUUAUGUUUGUCUGGAUAUGUCUACAGUGGUCCUGUUGGUUGGCAUUUGGGAAGAAGGUCCAUACUCUAAUAUUUGGACAUCACAUUAUCCACCAUGUAGUCAGAUUUGUUAAAAAUACUUUGUAUGCACAAAAUUUGAAUGCAUAUUGUAUUCUCAUUGAAUAUUGAUGUGCUAUAUUGUUAAAGAGUAGUUGUCCAUUA